AUGCCUCAAGCGCAACCCGAGCUCAAAAAAUAUAUGGAAAAACGCCUCUUCGUGCAACUGAAUGGCAACCGCAAAGUCAUUGGCAUUUUGCGCGGGUACGAUGUGUUCCUGAACAUUGUUCUCGACGACGCAGUAGAGGAAAAGCCCGGCGGCGAACGGGAGCGGCUGGGCAUGGUCGCCAUUCGUGGAAACUCGGUUGUGAUGCUCGAGGCGCUCGAGCGCGUGGGCGACGAUCGGCGAUGA